CGUGAUGGCGUCACAGGCCGGGGCCUCCGGCGCGGGAAGAGGCGGCGGGAGAAUGGAGGUAUUGGAGAGCGGCGGUGGCGCGGGCGAACGCGGGGUCCAGGACCCUGCCCCCUCCUCCAACAAGGUCCCGGGCAGCGCCGGCCACUACGAGCUGCCGUGGGUUGAAAAAUACAGGCCGGUAAAGUUGAAUGAAAUUGUCGGGAAUGAAGACACGGUGAGCAGGCUGGAGGUCUUUGCAAGAGAAGGGAACGUGCCCAAUAUUAUCAUUGCUGGCCCCCCAGGAACGGGCAAGACGACAAGCAUCCUGUGUUUGGCGCGUGCCCUGCUGGGCCCAGCAUUCAAGGACGCUGUUCUGGAGCUCAAUGCCUCCAAUGACAGGGGCAUCGAUGUGGUGAGGAACAAAAUCAAAAUGUUUGCCCAGCAGAAGGUCACCCUUCCCAAAGGGCGUCACAAGAUCAUCAUUCUGGAUGAAGCAGACAGCAUGACUGAUGGUGCCCAGCAAGCCUUGAGGAGAACCAUGGAGAUCUACUCCAAAACGACUCGCUUUGCUCUUGCUUGUAAUGCUUCGGAUAAAAUCAUAGAGCCCAUUCAGUCCCGCUGCGCAGUCCUCCGCUACACGAAAUUGAGCGACGCCCAGGUCCUCGCCCGGCUGCUGACGGUGCUGGAGCAGGAGAAGGUGCCCUACACGGACGACGGCCUGGAAGCCGUCAUCUUCACGGCGCAGGGAGACAUGAGGCAGGCGCUGAACAACGUGCAGUCGACUUUCUCGGGGUUCGGCUUUAUUAACAGCGAGAACGUGUUCAAGGUCUGCGACGAGCCCCACCCCUUGCUGGUGAAGGAGAUGGUCCAGCACUGUGUGAACGCCAACGUCGAUGAAGCCUACAAGAUUCUCGCUCACCUGUGGCAUCUUGGCUAUUCGCCGGAAGACAUCAUCGGCAACAUCUUUCGAGUGUGUAAAACGUUCCAGAUGGCAGAGUACUUGAAACUGGAGUUUAUCAAGGAAAUUGGAUACACGCACAUGAAAAUAGCAGAAGGCGUGAACUCGCUCCUGCAGAUGGCAGGGCUCCUGGCCAGGCUGUGUCAGAAGACAAUGGCCCCGGUGGCCAGUUAGGGCAGAGAACUUGUUGCUUGGGGUGACGAGGGUCCUGAGAGUCCUCGUCCAGAAGAGACAGGAGUCAGCGCCUUCUGCUUCGGAAAGAAGGCUGCCCUCAACCGUGGCCUUCACACCGCCUCUGCGAAUGUCUGCAGUCAGCCUCAGACUCACGGACGUGGUGACCGGGUGGAAGGGCCCGGGAGAACCGCAGGGCUUGGCACCCGAUCUGGGCGUGUGUGGCAUCUUAACUAAUAAAAACACUGUAUGGUUUUGUCGGUGCUGAGGUGGCAUCGCCAGGCCGCAAGGAAAA